AUGCGGAUAAGUCGAAUGGCCGCUGCCGCAACUGCCGCCGCCACUGCCGGCGUCGUCAAUGCCUACGAUCCCGCUGCAGUUUCCAUUCCCUACGGAGACUGGCUUGGCAUUGACGGAAAUUGGUCCACCGUUCGCUUUCUUCUAGGUACCGAAUCCGACCUCAUCAAUGUGGUACCCAGCACUUCGUUAUCAGAGCUCUGGGCAGUCGGCCCUGGUGGUUGCCAAACUAAGGAUCAACAUUGCAUGAACGCGCGAGGCGGCAUCUAUACGCCUGCAGAUUCAAAACGAUGGACAUCAUGGGGACAGUACUUUCUCGGCCUUGAGUACCUGGGCUACGGAGGCAACGGUGCCUACGGCAUCGACAACAUCAACGCCUGGAGUCCCUUUACCAACAUUGCUUUCGGCAUGAGCGACGUUCUCAUUGCUGCAUACAACACAACCGAUUAUUUCAAUGGACUCUUCGGCCUCGGAAUCUCGCAAGGUCGCUUCAAGACCAACAUUGGCGAGUCGGCUCUUACCCAGGCUGUCAAGACAUUUGGUUGGAUCCCAAGCUAUAGCUACGGCUAUACUGCCGGGGCGAGCUAUAAAAACAUGCCUGGUUCAUUGACGCUUGGUGGCUACGAUUCCGCCCGAUUUGUUGACCACGACACUGUCUUUACCAUUACACAGGCGGACAACUCGCCGCGUGUCAACGUUCGCAGCAUGAGCGUGUACAACAGUGACAAGCCCAACGGCUGGAGCUCAUCAACCAACGCUCUAUCUACCUAUAACGAUACCUUCAUGGCCCUCGUCGAUAGCACCACCCCCUAUCUCUGGCUGCCCGAGAGCAUUUGCGACUCCUUCGCAUCCGCCCUCAAUCUCACCUACAACGACACUUUCAAGUUAUACACGUUAACCAACGACCAGUACCAAGACUAUUCCAAUUCGAACGCGUACUCCUUUACUUUUAGCCUUGCCAGUAUCGACAACAACGACAACUUUGGUCUUCCUCUCAGCGCUCCUGGAGUCGUCAACAUCACCAUCCCCAUCAAAGCGUUCGUUGGAUCACUUUCAUAUCCUUUCGCCAAGGAAGCCAUAAAGUACGGACAGCCUGCCGUGCCCUACUUUAUGCUCCGCAAAGCUACCAACGGCACCAACACCAUUAUUGGCCGCUCUUUCCUGCAAGAAGCCUACAUUCGCACAAAAUACGACUCGGGUGUCUUUAGUCUGCAUCAGGCCUCCUUCCCCGGCGACCCGGACAAGGAUAUCAAACUCAACGCUAUCAAGCAGCCGAGCAACAGUCCCUACCCGCCACCGCCACCGACUAAAGGCCAUCACGGUCUGACAACGCCUCAAAUGAUUGGCAUCGCUGUUGGUGUAGUCGCGUUCUGCACUCUGCUCGUGGCCGGACUCUGUUUCUGGGGCCGCCGCCGCAAGCAAAAGAAGCGCAGCGAGGCCGCCAGCAAGGAAGCAGACGCACAAGACACAUCGUCAACUAUUGCUCCCGAUUCUCCCAUGACUCCCAUCUCUCGCAUUCUGUCCAAAAUUGUCCGCAGAAAGCGCUCAAGACGCGCUACCACGACGACUCAAACGAGCGGGCCGAUGGAGGCGCCUGCCUCAGAAAUAUAUGAGCUGCCCGCGCCGCUCCCCCCAGCUGAGCUUGCGGCUCAUAACGAGGACGAUGACUCCAUUCUGGGUGAUACAGAAGCAGGAACGGACGACUCGCAGAACCUGAGCGCCUACGAGCUUGCUAGACGCAAACUUGCUCGACAGCUGGCAGGCCCGGUUCCAGCCUAUGCACCCCCGGCGAACGGUAUUAUGCCUGUCGAGAAAGACAUGCACAUUGACACAAAUGUCGUCCAAACUACGACAAUCCCUCAUCCCCAGCCUACAUACAAUAUGCACAACGUGUCUCCAGUGCGGUCGCAUGAAGGUCUAGGUACCAACUCCUUGCCAGGCACUCUGCCGUCGCCAGUUUCUCCUCGCACCGACUGGAACACGAACGACCUUCCUUCUCCCAUCACUGCGUCGCUACAUCCUAACUCGGCCUCGUCACAGUCGGGCUCCACUGGUCGUCGCCGCGGAGGUUCCAAUACAAUGAACGGCACAGCAAGUGACUCUGGCAGUGCAAGUCGAUCUAAUUCCAACUCUUCAUCGAAAACCGAUGGUCAGCAGCGGAACAAAGAGGGCAAUGUCACUUUUCCUCUUCCCCAGGCGUCCUUUCAGCGAACACCCAUUGAACCCUCCAAAGUCGUGUGCCUAGGCCCCCUGCCAGAAAAUGUCUCUUUAUUCAGACAACAGAUGCUACCUAAUGCUACCAGCACAAGGCAGUCUUUGACAGGGCCAACGGGGCCAGUCAAUAAUUCGCAUCAUCGGCCCUCUACGGGCAGUCUUGGCAGCAACUUCACAGACGAGGAAGACGCCCUCGAAGAGAUGACUCGCCAGUCAAUCAUGUCUGUCUCGCGCUCGCAGGGCCUACAGAGUCCCGGCCGACCCCCAACAUUCACAAACCCUCUCAUUCGCACCGUUCUGCCUCCGCGAACGGAGGAGGAGGAGAAUGUGUCGCCCACGAGCGACAAAAGCGGCUCAGGGUCCAGCAGCAGCGGCGGACGCAUCGGUGGCGACGAUCUCAUCCACGUGCCACAGAUGGCGGAGAAGCGCUACAGCUGGGAAGAAGAGCGAUAA